AGUUUUUUUUCGGUCGGUUUUGUUCUGGGUUUGCCCGUUUUGAGAUACUCCUAUCCAUCAUUCCCACAAGUGUUCAAUUUGGAGAUUGUUGUGGGUACAGUAGCACAUGGACUGAGUUAUAUGCUUCCCACAUUUUGACGAUAUGCACAGAAUGCUUAGAGUCGUCAUGUUGAAAUGCGAACGAGCUUGGUAGUUGUAGCUUUUCGGCAUUUUUUUAAGGCGAAUAUAUUUCUGGAUUUGGCUUAUCAAUACUUAAAUUCCAUUUACAUAGUUAAGCUUGGUUUUGUGGUUAAUGUGAGCUAAACUGGAUAAUCAUUUGUAAAUAAUUUUAUAUGCGAUGGACAGUACUAAUGCAACCGGACGGCGGCGAAACAAUAUAUGCGUUAAUGUCGAGGAUAACGCGCUGGAUCAGAUAACAAAAGAGGCUGAAGCUCGACUAGCAGCUCGACGUCUGGCUCGCGCUGAAGCUCGGGAUAUACGUAUGCGUGAAUUAGAGCGGCAACAAAAAGAGUUAGAGCAAAAUGCUGAUCGUGCAUUUGAUAUGCAAUGUACGAGUGGGAACGUCAUUACGGACCCACUCUCAGCACAUUCUGUACGCCACGCAUAUAGCGGUUUUAUUAACUUAGCGCGUGCAACUACGUCACGACGUAGUAGUGAAGAUUCAUUAGAGGAUGAGAGUCGCAGCUUGCGUGAUAUUAAACACGAACUUAAAGAAGUCGAGGAACGUUUUCGAAAAGCUAUGAUAACGAAUGCCCAACUUGACAACGAUCGUUCAUCGCAGACUUAUGAGGUUAAACUACUUAAAGAUAAAAUUGAAGCAUUGCAAGAAUCUCUUGCUCAAUUGCAACGUGAAUUUAAAAACAAACUUCGCGAUUGCAGUGCCCUUAAGCGCAGCUUAGAUCGCACAACCCUAGAAUUAAACCUGGUCCAAGGUCAGCUAAGUGAGCGUGAUACACUAAUAGAAGAACACGGUCUUGUUAUUGUUGCUAUUGAAAAUAGUGAUGGCAGCGAUGCGAAGCGUGCUCUAGUCACCGUUGAAAACGCCAAUGUAUUGGCAUCUGUGCAAGGCUCUCUUGACGUUCGAAUUAAAAAGUUUACUGAUGAAAAGCUGCGACUUAUUAACGAAAUGCAAAAGCUCCGUGAACAGCUGGACGCCCUUAAAAGUGAAGGAAGACCAGUUCGAGGCAGUCUAAUAAGUGACUCUUUAGGGUUAGAUGAUGACUAUGAUGCUCAGAGAGAAUCAAAUAAAAUCAUAUCCGACUAUAAAUAUAAGCUACAGAAAGCUGAACAGGAAAUUGCCAGUCUGCAGGCAAACCUAGCGCGCUCAGAGACUCAAGUUAUACGUUACAAAAGUACGGCUGAAGCUGCCGAAAAAUCUGAGGCUGAACUUAAAAUAGAAAGACGUAAACUGCAACGUGAGGGUCGCAAGUCGCCUGACCCAGAGUUGCUCUGUAAGCAAAAAAACGCGGAAAAAAUUGUGCAACUUUCAAGUUUAAUGCUGCGAAAAACUAGGAUUGUUGAUGCUUAUGCCCAUACUAUCAAAAACGGCCGUAUUAUUGGAUCCCUGAUCGCAAACAAUGGCUUUAAAAUUAAGCCACAAUGCUUGCGAUAGUCCAAUAUUCUCCUCCACUUUAUUUUUAAAGUCAGUAUGUUUUAUGCCACGAGCAGUGUUGCCGGCGCCUCUACACAAAAAAAGGACGGUUGAGCCCAGAAAAAAAGACAAAAAACCGACAAAAUUUUUUAAAAAGAACAAAAAAAAACAGGACAAACAAUUUAAAAAAAAAAAACAAAAGAAGUUCAAUAAAUUUUUAUAUAUUUUCAUUUAAAUUAUAUAAAACUGAGUCAAAAGUUUCGUUAUCAACAUCCGUCUCAUAAAUAUUUGUUCCGAUCAUACGCAAAUAUUUAUCGGGAAGUUGAUAAUUUUGGCAACAUGUGCCACGUCGACGUAAUCCGAACCUGAAUACAAAAAGAAAUUGUAAUUUUAUUAUAA